CAAGCAGAGAAGUACAAAGAGACACUCUUUAAGGCAUGCUUUUACUACUGAAACUACUACACAAGUGGCCCUCCAUUUUAUUUGUAGUUUUCUAUCUUACCCUUUUACUCUCUUGUCUAAUAUUGCUUACUUGAUUCUUUUUUUCUUAUAGGAUUCUUCAACCACAUCAAAUCUCAAACAACUCUUUCUUUUAAAUUAUUCAAUUUUCUUUUUUCUCUCUAUUCCUUUUGAGAUAAACAAACACAUAUCCUUUGUAGAAUUCAUUUCUAACAUGUAUAAUCAAAUUUCUUCACCUGCUUCUCAAAGGGCCAAUUCACCAAAUAUAAUUAACAUGAGAAGCAAUCUUAUUGAUGCUGAAAGUCAAUACUUAAUGGAGCUUCUAGCAGAACAUCAAAAACUUGGACCUUUCAUGCAAGUCUUACCCUUAUGUAGCAGACUCUUAAAUCAAGAGAUUUUGAGGGUUUCUGGAAAGAAUGGAUUGUUACAGAACCAAGGGUUUAAUGAAUUUGAUAGAAUGCAACUCAUAAACCAAAGUCAAAUGGCUUCUUCAGACUUGAAACCAAACUUUACUGGCUGGAACAGCCUGUCACAAGAAAUGUUAGCUGAAGUGAAGGGACUAAACAUGGAUUGGCAAACAGCACCAUCAGUUGUUCCAAGUUCUCACAUUGUGAAGAAGAUAUUGCGCUUGGAUAUUCCUAAGGAUGGUUAUCCAAAUUUUAAUUUUGUUGGGAGGCUUCUUGGUCCUAGAGGUAAUUCAUUGAAGCGUGUAGAGGCUACCACAGGUUGCCGCGUGUAUAUUAGAGGGAAAGGUUCAAUUAAAGAUUUAGACAAGGAAGAGUUGCUAAGGGGAAGGCCAGGAUAUGAACACCUGAAUGAUGCACUUCACAUCUUAAUUGAAGCUGAACUACCUGCCAAUAUUGUUGAUGCAAAGUUGAGGCAUGCACAGGAAAUCAUAGAAGAGCUACUUAAGCCUGUGGAUGAGUCACAGGACCUUUACAAGAGACAACAACUAAGAGAACUUGCUAUGCUCAAUUCCAAUUUUAGAGAAGAUAGCCCUCAACUAAGUGGUAGUGUCUCUCCAUUCACUUCUAAUGAAAUAAAAAGGCCCAAAACUGAGGAAUAAUAAUUGUUAUAUUCUUAUGAUUGCUGAAUUUAAUGUUGCAUCCUUUAACUUGAUUCUGUAAAGCUAUAAUGAGAGGCUUGAUUUGGAGAGGAAACAUAUUCAUUGUUAGUCUAUUGCAUUUAGUAGACUUUCAAAACUAGUAGAAUUCUUGUUGACUUUAUUUUGACCUGUUUGUCAGUCUAAUAAUGUGUGUAAAUAUAACAUUCGUUGCAUUUAUAUUAUGUUUAAUCUUAAGAUUGGAAAUAUAUGCUUCA